AUGCCGUUUGCAACUACCGUGUGUAGUGAAUCAGAUUCAGAGUCAUGCGGCGACUUCCAGCCUUUAUUGAAAAAGCUCUCCCAAGCCCGGUCCAGGCAGCAUGGCCUCAGGAUAUCCACAGACACUUCAAGCUUACGCAAAGGAACGAAGUCAUCAUCCGGCGACCUCGCCAAAGGAUUAGUAUCUCCUAUUUACAAAACCAUAUAUCCUAUCAGCGCCAAGGAUGUCAAUACCUGCCUUUCUCCAGUCUACAAGGUUAUAUACCCGCGGAGCGACGGCAAAAACGGCAAUCCCCAAUCACCUAUGUACGAAACAAUUUAUCCUCGCAGUGCCCGGGGAAACAGCAGUGUCCCUAAAUCGCCCAUUUCCCAGCCGACAUAUCCUCGCGAGAAGAGAGCUAGCACUCCAAUCACUCCAAUACCUACCACUCCCCUUUCUCCAGAAUAUAUCACUAUCAGGCCCCGUUCAAAAGAGGACGAUUACAGGAAUGAGAAUUUAUCGGAGCAUUCAGCUCCUUCAUCGAACGCCAUGUCCGGAGCCGGGCGGCAUAAAGCAACAUACACGAAAGGCAAUACGACCUGGGGACCAGAAUCUGAUAGUUCCUCAUCGCAGUAUCGGAGACGGAAAUACCGCAGCAGCGAAAUAGAGCAGGAGAUCAAGGCUUCCCGGGCAAAAUAUCAACCAGAUAUCCAACGGCGGUACUCGAUAAGCAAUUAUAAAUUCCCAGGACUGAAAACGACCCGCAAUGGAUCCCUGGAGUUCGUGCGAAUGACCAGGGAUUUUGAUGUCCCUCGGGUUACCAACCCUCUGAACGAUUUUCACUUUCAAUCUUCCCUCUAUGAUAAAGCCGAGGGACGAUAUUCUCGUCUAGAUAAACCGAAACGUCGAUCAAAUUUGGACAGAAUCUUUAGCUCAUUCACCGUUCAUCUGAAGGAAACGACUUUUCAAACACAGACUAAAUCUCAGAAUCCCGUACGAGUCCGUUACAGAACAUACACCUUCACAACUUGA